UUAUUGGAAAUCAAGUAGGUUCAAUAAAUUCACGAACAUUAUUUUUAAAUAAAUAAAUUGAACUAAAGUAUUUAUAGUUAUACAUAAAUGAUUAUGGUUACUCGAAGUAACUCGAGACGACAAUCGGAGAGUUUUAGUAGUGAUAUAUCGGAAAAAAAUAUUAUACCACCAUGGUGUUCAAACGCUAAGUAAAUUACAGCUCUCAGGUAACCGUAGUCCAUUUGGCCAAAAUGUUCGCAGGAAGAGCUCACGAAAGGAGGAAACCGCGAAAAGUUGCUCCAUGCAUAAAAUCACUCUACCCUAUACGUGAAAACAUAUGGGAGUACCUCAACAAUGACAAGCCAAACUUUGACGAAGAGAGGAAAAAUAAAAAGGCAUCAAAAACACAAAUAAAAGCGAGGCGUUUCAAAUACGGAAACACUAAGUUACUCGUUUCUUUAUUGGUUGCUUUAGCGUUAAUAGCUGGUACAUAUUUAACGCCAAAUGCUGUUUCUCAAGCUUUAUUAGCGAAAAUUCUCCCGAAAUCAAACUUGAUCACUUUUCUGAGCAUAGAUUCAACGUCAGUGGGCGAGGAAUGCUGCCACCGAAUGAGGCAUUUAGCGCUGGAAUUAAGGCGAGCUGAGCAGGCUUUGAGAAAAGCUCUCAGGGGACGCAAUACGGUGUUAAUAUCGCAACACCUAGAUACAGGAUUAGGAACGCAGCAAGCUAAGCCUAACAACAAAGGAUACAUAAAAGGAACUAGAGCGUUUAAGGGGUCGGACACAGUUGAGUGGGGUGCUCAGGCCUCCCUCUGGGGCGUGGUGCCGCUGUGGCGAGCAGCUCCGCGGCCUGACAUCAUACUGUCGUUGAGAAGACCUAUACCGUCUGAUUGUUGGCCUUUUAGAGGAUCAUACGGAGAAGUAAUCAUAGAUUUGCCGAGAAAUUCGCAAGUGGAUUUUUUAAGUUUGGAACACAUUCGCCCUGAUACAGCUUAUAGCGCACCUAAAAACUUUACAGUUUACGGCAUUCUAGCAAAUGGCACAUGGAUAAAAGCAGCCGACGGAAUGUAUCAGUACAACAAAGCAGCGAAACAAUACUAUCACUUGGACAAUAGGAACAGCCCAUUGCAACAAGUUGUUUUCAGAGUUUUGUCUAACCAAGGCAACCCAAAUUACACCUGUAUAUACAGAAUUCAUCUAUAUUGUAGUUUGUAAAUUCAAUUGAUAGCUAAUUUGCUUAAAUAAACAAUUAAUGACCAUUU